UCGAAGCAUUUGUUUUCUCUUAAAUUCGCAUUGAUUUGCUACAGAAGACCUCGGUUAAGACCACGGACCAGUGUUGAGCAGUUCUUUGUUUGAUGGAUGCACUUUUUGGAGCUUCAAAAUAUCAACACCUAUUCACUCCCAUUCUACCACUUGGAACCAAAAUGAUAGGUUGUAUCAUAACUCUGACUGGAUUAUUCUUCCAGACGAAAACCAUAUUCAGUGACGAUACCUUGAACACGAGACUUCCCUUGCCCCUUGUGGCUGAUUUAUUAUUGUAUUUAUGAGAAUCAGGAAGAAAGCAAGCUUUUACUACAGGCGACUGUCAGUGUGUGAAAGUGAAAGCUACAUAUCACAGACCUACUGCAGCUUUUGAAGAAAGUAACACACUGGCAGAGCACACGGGGUACUUUUCUGCACCAGCUGCUGGUGAUGGAGCUCUAUAGAGAAGCAGAUCACUAUCUUAUGUCCUAUGGCAUCUCACCUGUGACAGAAAAUGCGAAUGAUAUGAGGGAUUCUGACUUACUACAGGAUGUGUUCAAUGCGGAGACAGACUGGGUUUCUCACAGCCCUCUGCAAACUCUACCAUGUGUGUCAUCCACUCCAAUAGCAAAUAGCCCAGAUGACCUUCUACAGAAGAGAUUGGUGGUUCUGAAAGGGCUUCUGACCAGUGAGGAGAUCUACCUGACAGAGUUAGAGACGCUGCUCACACCCAUGAAAGCUCUGAAGGCAGCAGCAGGUACAUCUCAACCUGUGUUGUCCACUGAGGAGGUUCGGACUGUGUUCUAUCAAAUUCCUGAACUCAGAGACCUGCACAAGGACUUUUACAGUAGUCUUAAAACCAGACUGCAUAGUGAAAAAGGGCUGGAUCAAGAAGACAGCUCUCAAAAUCAGGGGACAGAGGAAAGUGCAGUGAUACUUUACAAGGAGGACCCUCAAGUACCUGUAGGAGAUCUGUUUCUUAAGUUUGUUAACCAGUUAGGAGUGUACCGGGGCUUCAUUGAUAACUAUGAGAAUGCGCUGGAGAUUGUGCAGAAGUGUAUGCAGUCAGACCAGCGCUUUAGGACCCUGGCAGAGAGUAUGAUGUCCUUCAAAGGGUCAGAUAGGGUCAAAACUAAGUACACAAUGGAAGCUCUCCUGUAUAAGCCGUUGGACAGAGUGAUGAAAACCACCCUUGUGUUACAUGAACUGUGGAACCACACGCCACCUGAUCACCACGAUAGUGUCUUACUGCAGGAAGCCCUUCGUCUUUCCAGCAGCUUCCUGUCUGGGGUCAAUGAAAGGUCCCAGUGCAAAAGAGCUGUCAUGCUCAGCAAAGGAGAGAGACGUCAGCUGAUACGUGAUGGGUUUGUGGUGGAUGUCUGUGAGAGUGGGCACAACCUGAGACACCUCUUCUUGUAUGCAGACUUGUUGCUGUGUGUUAAACUCACAAGUACCGGGAGACAAGCACAUUACAGGUUUUGCUGGUACCUGCCAUUGGUUGGCCUGAAGCUGCAGUGGGCUUCGGAACAGCUUCCCUCAUCAGAAUGCCAAAUAAAAAUCAGCAAAACCAGAGCCAAAAUGUACCAGCUCAAACAAGCACUCCAACAACAUAUGAAAGGUGGCAAGGGGUCAUUUUCACGUGCGGUUGAACGUUUGAGGCGGAAGCUUGAAGAAUGUGAGCUUUGGCUUUUAACAAACACACCAUCCUUUACUUUAGAUCUACACAGCACCAGUGGAAAGAGUCACACAAUACGAUUGUAUUCUUUAUAUGACUUGGAUGAGUGGAAAGAGGCCACUGAGAUGCAGAGUGGAAAGAGCAUAGAGACAGUUCCUCCAGACCUGCUGUCUGUCACUGGUUCCUGUAUCAAACUCAGAAUGACUCAACAACCUCCCCUUCAUUGUGUUAAAUCUAAUGAAAAAUUGCACAUUUGUGGGAGCAUAUAUGUGAUGGUUCAUUCUGCGUGUGGUCUGCAACAUCCAAGCAGUGUAUAUGUAUGUGUGGAGGUUGAUGGCUUUGAGUUCUACGACAGGCGAAAACAAACCUGCCUUUCAGCAUUCAGUGUGACACCGGUGUGGGAUGAGGAGCUAGUGUUUCAAGUGGACGGAGCUCAGCAACUGUUCCUGGUGGUUGUGUCUCAGUCUGAGAGUGACUCGCAGGAUAACAUCUUGGGUAGAGCUGUGUUACUACUAGACCCUGACAUCAUGUUUAAGAAGUGGAAGAAACUCACACGCUCUUUGGGGCAUAUUGAUGUAACCUUGUCAAUGAAGUACUUGCCCCACCCUCUUGAGCCUCCUAGCUGUACCCCUCUCAUACCGGAACCAGUGUUCUGUGUGCAGAUUGCACAAGUGGCAAAGCAAGAGGGUGUGUUGGUCCCACACAUUGUCCGUUCCUGUGUGGAGGAGGUUGAGAGGAGAGGAUUGAAUGAAGAGGGGAUCUACAGAAUCUCAGGAGCUAGUAGAGAGAUACAAGAACUCAAGCAUGCAUUCAACACUAAUUACCGUGAGGCUGUGAGUAAACUGAGGAGUUUAGAUGUGAACGCAGUGUCAGGCACUUUGAAGCUGUACUUCAGAGAACUUCCUCUAGCUCUUAUUCCCUCUGACCAUUUCCAGGGCUUCUCAGUAGCAAUAGACAUUGCUGACCCAUAUGUCAGGGCAAACCAUAUGCUGGCUGUAUUGCAGGCCCUACCAGAUGUAAAUCGCAACACCUUUCUCUUCCUCUUACAUCACCUGAGACGUGUUGCAGAGAAGCAGGAACAGAAUAAAAUGUCUUUUAGUAAUUUGGCCACAGUGUUUGGCCCCAGUCUCUUGCGCCCCCCAGUGGAUCGUGUUGACAUAUCUCAAGAAGUAGAAGUUCAGGUUCAAGUUAUUAAUCUCUAUCUACAGUGUCAUAACCUUCCCGAACCUCUUCUUACUAAACCUUUGGACCUAGAGGAGCUUGAGACAUGAGACAGCAACAGCCAUAAACCAGACUCAUUGAAAGAUGACUCAAUUUUUAUAAGCCAUAUGUUUUAUGAAGGCAUAUUUCUUAAAUAUAUUAAGUGAUAUUCUAUUCCCAUUUUUUACAUUUUUUUAAUAAAUUAGCUGGAAGUUAAACUUUGAUCUUUGGACAAUAUUUAGUAAAACACGAGUUGGCAACUAUAACAUAAAUGCUUUGUAGCCAGCCAAAAGUAUUUCAGUUUUUAAAGCAAAAUAAUACAAGUUCUGUGAGAUUCAUGGACUAUCUCACAUGCCUUCUCUUGUCUGUAUAAAGUAAAGUAGUCCAUUGUAGAUGUUAAGUUGUUUUUUGGUUCCUUAUACUUCUGUGGAACGAUACAUCCUCUUUUUAAAAAAAUUUGCAGAUAGCGUAAAGUUUGACUACAGAACUUUUAAAAAUUUAAAUUUUCCCCUCUACCCAAGAAAUAUUCCUUAUGCCAGACAGUUGUCCUGAGAGGUUCUUGGUCUUUUAUCUUGAUUUUCCAGUCCUCCGCUGGUAGCAAACAGCAAUAAUGUUAACUGCCAUUUCUGUCAAGUUCACUAUCGUUCAAAAAUGAUUGACAUUAGCAUACAGUUUAGAUUGGGGGUAUAGUUCUGUUCUGUGCAAAAACUCCCUGCCCAUCCAUGCAGCCAGCAUUAAUAAGAGCAGGGAGUGCAACGAUAACCCCCCUGACACCAUGUCUACACCGGAUGCGUCAGUUGCGAAGCGACAUGUCAACCUGCUUCUUCUCAAUGGGUUUGUGCCGUGCCGCAUCCAGUGUGGACAACAUUUUUUAUUAUAAUGUUUUGAAUGCGUUUCUAAUGUCUUUUCGUGUCGUGUCACGUUGCACCGGUCUCGUCCAGUGUAGACACGUUGAUAGCAUAAAUAGAACAGAAAAAAUAGAAGUCAUUAGUUCUUAAUGAAAUUUAAUUGUGACACAUCAGACUUAUGCAAAAGAAUAAUACAAGUCUAGUCCUGAUUGAAAAUGUGGAGUGAAGUUGGGGAUGGAGGGGGGUAAUUUUGCUCCUGAGCAACGCGAUAAGCUGAAUUUUAAAACUGAAGCUGUGAUAGUGUCAUAUUUCUAGGUAGAUGAGAUUCUAGGUAGAUGGAAGAUACGCUGAUGUGAGCCUGACUCUUGUGACCUGCCAGAACUAACGCUACACGCUUGAUUUCUUAAUUGCAGUACAAACUAAGGAAACUGCUUUUUAAUAACUCGGACCUUGAUAAAAGUCAGCAGAGGGGAGCAAUUUC